CUGGAAGUCAGCGGCUUCGCAGCACCGACGAGCCGUCGCUACAGUAAGGGCAGCACAGGAUCCGGCGGAGUACAGCGGGUGCCGCGUUCCUGAGGACGAUCGAACGUGAUACAGCAGUGCGGCCAUGGCAGAACCGCAGCCCGUGUCUGGCGGCCUUACCGACCAGGCUGCCCUCGGUUGCUGCUCGGACCCGGAUCCCAGCACUAAGGAUUUUCUGUUGCAGCAGACCAUGCUGCGAAUUAAGGAUCCUAAGAAGUCAUUGGAUUUUUAUACUAGAAUUCUUGGAAUGACGCUAAUACAAAAAUUCGAUUUUCCCGCUAUGAAAUUUUCGCUCUACUUCUUGGCUUAUGAGGAUAAAAAUGACAUCCCAAAAGAUAAAGAUGAAAAAGUAGCAUGGGUAUUCUCCAGAAAAGCUACACUUGAACUGACACACAAUUGGGGCACUGAAGAUGAUGAGAGCCAGAGUUACCACAGUGGCAAUUCAGACCCUCGAGGAUUUGGUCACAUUGGAAUUGCCGUUCCUGAUGUACGCGGAGCUUGUAAAAGAUUUGAAGAACUGGGAGUCAAAUUUGUGAAGAAACCUGAUGAUGGUAAAAUGAAAGGCCUGGCGUUUAUUCAAGAUCCUGAUGGCUACUGGAUUGAAAUUUUGAAUCCUAAUGGAAUGACAACUAUUAUUUAGUUCUGUGAGAAUACUGCUGAGAUUUCAGUGAAGACAGUGUGAGAGAUAAAAAAGGAAACAAUGUGAUUCAAGAUAUUCAGAUAACAGAAGCAUCUAGGACUGAUGGUUCAUUGUCUCAAUUCAGAUUAUUUUUAAGUCCAUUUCCCUUUCCUAUUUCAGGUGUUUUUCACCUAUCUGUUCAGUCAUUCUAGUAAAGUAGUUCCAUCUUAUGUCCUUGAAUGUAGUUGUAUAGAAUUAGUUUCUUAGGUGAUAAUUAGAAUCAUUCCCUUCAGAGGCUGCAUUUUCCUUCUAUGACUUCUCUACCAGUCUGCCUUUGAAUCAUCACCUUCAAAAAAAACCAUUUAACAUGUUUUUGUUUGGGUUACCUUCUGGGGUUUCAGUUCCUCAGAAAUAACUUUUCACAAUGGAAAGUAAAGAACACUGAACAAAAAUGAAACUUUAUGUGGACUUCAAAUAGUCUAAAGUGUUUCUUUUACAAAAGAGGAGACACUCUUGGGAGCAGUUCAGAAUUCUGCUGACAAGGAUGCUGAUAGAAAAACUAAUUUGUUGUUUAUAAAGUGUUUUCAAAGUUCAAAGAUUCAAGGACUAACCUCUUUAUUUUGGGAUGGGGAGGAAGAUGGGAAUAUUAUUUACUGGAUGGUGAACACUGGAUUAGGCUGUCUCAUACUUUUAUCUCAUUUAAUCCUCCCAACUGUCCUGUGAGAAAGAAAGCAGGCUAGACGUGUAAAAUAACUUUGGAAUUGAAGGCAAUAUAAAUAGGCUCAAGUACCCAAGAUUUCAUCAUUUUUAGUAUUUAGCUAAAAUUAGUACCUCACCUCCUCUCCUAGUCUCCUGUUGUUAAACCUUCAGUGAGUUUGAGCAUUAUUCUCUCAGCUCUCGGGCCUGAGUACCUCAGUAAGGCAAGAAGCAGUGGAGGAAGUGUGUAGCACACAGCCGCUCUGGGAUGCCCAGUUGGUCUUAUGUGAGUGGUGCCUGUAUUACAGAGAGCCCCUACCCCAAGGUCUUACAGACGCCAGUAAUCAUUUAGGAUAAAUGACCAUCAGUGAUAACGUAACUUAGUUAUCGGAAGUCAGCUCAGUGGUCUUCCCUGCCAUGAUUGACAUUUGACGGGUUUGAAAAAACCAAACUGAUUUUGAAACUCUCUUCCAGCCCCGAGAAUAAGAACAUCCAGUUGGUAGUUUUAACUAUCUUUAGAUUUUCCGUAGAUCUAGUGGAAGACCUUUGGAGAGGCCAUGCCAACUGUGCUUACACAGCUGAAAGCAAUUUACAUUUCCUUUUUGCAUGGAAUGGAUUUAUGUGAGCAAAUCGAACAAAUAGCAGUACUUGUAGACUGAAAUAAAAUAAAUAUUU